UAAUUACAUCAAAAAUCAAAAUUUAUCGAAAAUUGGCUACGUAAAAGUACUGGACAUUUUCAAUUUUGACCUCUGCAAAUGCAUCAACUAGAUACUGAUUCCUUAUCCCAACAUAAAAGAUACGGACAUUUGAAAUCAAAGCAUUAUUUCGACUACUAAUUGUGUAAACGUGUAAACCAAUCGUGACAGUAGACACAAAAAAGCCCAUCAUUGUAAAAUCAAUACAUUCAUCGCUCCGCUCAGAAUCUGACUGGUAAUUGGUAUGCUUCGACUACCUAUAUUCUGUCCAGCAAGAGAACAGCCCGCGACUCGACAAAAAUGAGUUUUUCUGAGUCCCUACCUCACGCAACGCAACACCCUGCCAUGAAUCAUUAUUGAAAGGUACCUAAUCGAUUAUGGAAAAAUAAACAAUGAAAAUCGUUCUAUCUUAUCCAAUAAUUAUUUGGUCUCUUAUUUAUAACGGCCAGCCUGCUAGCAGUUAAUAUGGCUAGAAUAUGUGUAGUGGCGUUCCACACUGCGUGCCGAUCUUUGUGUCUUGUGCGUCUCCCGCAGGAACGCUGUGCGUGUACGGGAUAAACGAAUACGUUCAUUCAAGGUCACGUUUACCCCAUAAUCACACCCGCCACCACCCCUCAGAACCACUUAUAACCGACUACCAUUAACCGGUAUACGCUAUAUACCUCGUAAUAAAGCAGUCGACAAAUAUUUCAUAAGAACAAGAACAACGCUGAAGGUUGAACACUGAACGCGCACACUAGUUGCAGACGUACCCCCGCGGACUUGUGUAAUAUAGUUAUUAAACAAUUUUGUUUUUAAUAGGUAACUGCUAUUAUAUUCUUCGAUUUGUGUUGUCGCUGGCACUCGAUUCCAUUCAAGCCUAGUAAAAUACUCAAACGGUACUUGAAGGUCAUAUUGAUAUAAUUGUAUCAUAUUAUAAUGCAGUUCAACAACUACCACGACGAGGCGCAGAAGACCGACCGAGACGCGCCGCCACCGGUCGAGGGACGCAUGGAUAUCGGCGAAACAUCGGAGUGUAAACCAAGAUUUGGACGGCAUGACGCUCACAAACGUCACGAUACAAUGGGUGAAAUUGUACAAAGUGGUACUGAUACUAUGAAGUUUAAGUACAAUCACGACAAUGAUUUCGUUGAUAGCCGGUUCAAAGAAUUGAUCCCACAUCCUGAAGUCGUUGGUGAACUUCAAACUGAUAAAUAUGGGAACUCAGUGAAACGGGAUCUCAAAUUCCAUCACAGCACUCUAUGGUAAUAAAUACGUAUAGAAAUAAUCAACAGCCUAUAUUUAAUAAUUUGACUCACUUUCACUUAAUCUAUAUGGUUUUAAAAAUAAUAUGCAAAUACAAAUCUUAAAAAUCAAUUUGAAGUAGAUAGUUAUUUUUGAGAACAAUAUAUUAUUAUUUGUACUGAAUAACUAGUAGUUUCAUUACUAUAAUUUGUAUUAUAUGACAAAGUGUUCAUCUUGUUGAAUAAUACAAUAGUUUAAUUAAUUUUUAUAAAGUAGUUUUUUUUAUCGCACUUGCACAAUUGAAGCUACUAGCAAAUAUAAAGAGUAAAGCUUAAUAAUGAAUAUAAUACUACAAUAAAAUUACACUGUACCUAUAUAGUAUAAAGAUUAAUCCACUCCUCCCGAAAUUCAGUUCUAAUUACGCCACUGGUGACGACGUUGUACAGCGUGCCAUAUUACGAAAGUUUGACUUGCAGCUAACUGAAACCUGGCCCGCAGACUUAUACUUUAUGCCUGUCUUAACAAUCGAUAAUUUGUGUUCAGCUGAAUUUUAAUGCUACCGCCGCAAUGCGUCAUGCGUGUACGGAAUAUAAUAUACAAUUUGUAACCUUCUUCAUUAUAUGGCUAAAUUCAUUCAAAAUAUUAUAUUAUAAUAUGGUGUAGUUAUAUAGGUACUUAUAUUAUCUAUAGACUAUAAAUUAUAAUUAACAUGGAGUAUAAUUAUUAUUAUUAUUCGUCGUUAUGACAAAUCCGUUGACCGGUCGUGGUCAACCACGGCAGACGUGAGGUUCCUCCUGCACUUAUACAAUGCUAUUGAUUAAUUAAUAAUGAUAACAACAUAAUUGUUUAACAUUGUUAGUAUUUACAUAUUGUUAGUUGUUACGAUACCUUUAAGUACAAUAAGGUCGGUAAAUAAUUACCUACUAAGUACUAAUAAUAAUUUUAAAAGAGGGUUACAAAUGAUUUCAAAUUAUAUUACCUAAGUUCCAUUAGAUUUCAGUUAGGUACCUGCUAGUCGAACUUUCGUAAAAGCACGGUGUAAUUACGUAAGCACGGCACAGCCACGUAAAAACUUUGUUUCGAGUGGUUGUGGGUGGGUUAUAUAUAAUUUUUUCGUGGUCACAAAUGAUUUUCACAUAAUUUUACAUUAAUUGUAUUAUAUAUUUAUUAAACGGCGGUAACCCAUCUAGUAAAACAUAGACUAUAGACUAUAUAAACUAUAGGCAUUAAGAACUUGACUGUCUAAACAUUUUCACAAGUUCACACCAUCUUUUGUGUAAAUUAUAUAGAUAGUAUAUUACCAGUACUUCAUAUAUUAUUCUUCAAGAUGAAGAAGAUAUAUCUUAUACAAGUUUUAUUUGUAAUUUAAAUUUAUAAUAAGUAUUACAGUUUACAAAACUAAGCAAUACUUAUUCUUAACCAUUGACUAUGAAUACGACCCUCAGAUUUGUAUAAAAUAUUUAGGAAAACUAUAAAUAUGAAUAAAAAAAUAAUCUUUUUAU